UGGUGGGGGGAUGAUCCUGUCGGCGCUCCUUGCGGCGAUCAAGGAAUGCGGCAUCGCCAGAAAUCUGGAGCGCGGGCGCAGGCUUCACGAGCAGGCCAUCUACAGCGGCCACGAUUCAAACAAGUAUGUGGCUGGCAGCCUUCUCAGCAUGUAUGCCAAAUGCGGCAGAAUGGAGGAGGCGCGCAUGGUCUUCGAUUCCAUGCGCCACCGCGAUGUGGUUCCCUGGACGGCGCUGGCAAUGGGCUACGCGGAGAAUGGGCAGGAGGAGGUCGCGCUGGAAAUUUUUGGGCGGAUCGAGCAGCCCAAUGCGCUGAGCUUCGUGGCGGCCAUGAGGGCCGUGACGGGGCUAGCGCUGCGCGAGGCGGGGAGAUUGUUCCAUGGGAGGAUAGUCAGGGUGGAAUCGCUCAAGAGAGGCGAGUGGAUCCAUUCGCAGCUCCACUGCCUCGUGUCGGAUAUGGUGGCGAAUUCUCUGCUCGAUAUGUAUGCCAAGUGUGGAUGCUUGGAGAGGGCGCUCUGGAUUUUCGAGAGGAUGCCUUGCCACAGCAUUGUGUCUUGGAACGCUCUCGUGCUGGGCUGUGCCGAGAAUGACGAGGCAGCCAUGGCGGUGGAGCUGUUUGAGAGAAUGGUGGCCGGCAGCGCUUCUGGCCAGAGCUCCACUCCGCCGCCACCGAAUGGAAGAAGUUUCGUCUCGGCGCUCAAGGCUUGCUCGGUUCUAGCAUCCCAGGAAGAGAGCAAAGAGAUGGUAGAUGGAAGAGCUGUGAAGAGUCGAGCUUUGGAGAGAGGGAAAUGGAUCCACUUGAGACUUUCAAGCAACAGCGAAGUUGGCCGAGACCACUAUGUGUCGAGCGCACUUCUCGACUUCUACGCAAAGUGUGGGAGCAUGGUGGACGCUCGCAGGGUGUUCGAUCGAAUGCCACAGCACGACUCGGUCACUUUGAACGCGCUACUGCUCGGAUACACGGACAACGGCGAGGACGAGAUGGCCUUGGAGCUGUUCUUGAGCCUCUCCAGAGCUCUCAGUGACGGGAGGAGUUUCGUGGCUCCUCUCAAAGCUUGCAGCAAUCUGGCUGAGAAGGAACAAGGCCAGAUCGUCCAAGGCCAUGGGAAGCUUGUCAAGUUGGAAACUCUGGAAAGAGGCAUGCUCGUGCACUCGCUGGCAGUGAAAAGCCAGUGUGAGACGGACGUCUUCGUGGCGAGCAUCUUGGUGACGAUGUACGCGAGGUGCGGAAGCAUGGUGGACGCUCGCAAAGCGUUCGACCGGAUGCCAAGUCGCAAUGUGGUGUCCUGGAACUCACUCAUCCUGGGAUACUCCGAGAAUGGAGAGCCCGAGCUGGCUAUCGAGUCCUUCGAGAGCAUGGAACUCCAGGGAAACUCUCCAACUUUUCUAGCAGCGCUCAAGGCUUGUUCCAGCCUUGCCGACAAGGAAGAGGCGAGCUACGUCGACGGGAAGCUUGUCAAGGCCAAGUCUCUCGAGAAAGGCGCAGCUCUUCACGUCCAAGCUUCCAGAGCUGGCUGUGACUCGGACACCUUUGUGGCGAAUUGCUUGGUGGACAUGUAUGCCAAGUGUGGGGACUUGGCCGAAGCGAGCAGGGUUUUCGAGAGCAUGUCGAGCCACAGCGUGGUUUCUUUCAACGCUCUCAUGCUGGCCUACGCCGAGAACCAACAGGGGGACGUGACUCUCAGCUUUUUCUCUCGAAUGGUGCCGGAGGGAUGCCAGCCGAAUGCUCUCAGCUAUGUUGCAGCGAUCAAAGCGUGCUCGAGCUUGGUCACUCUGGACAUUGGCAAGGGAAUCCAGGCUCAAGUCUGCCGCCGCGGCUUGGAGAGUGACCCGGUUCUAGAGGCCAGUCUCGUCGACGUCUUUGGCAAGUGUGGAAGCAUGAUGAACGCUCAGCUGGUGUUUGAUUCAGUCCCCGGCAGGGAUCCAGUGACUUGGACGUCUCUCAUGGAGAUGAAAGAGCAGAGCUUGAGGCCAGACGCGGUGACUUUCAUCGCCAUUCUCACUGCUUGCAGUCACGCGGGCCUGGUGGAGAGAGGCAAGGGCUAUUUUCGAGAGAUGAGCUCCAGGUAUGGAGUGGAGCCCCAGAUCGAGCACUACUCUUGCAUGGUGGACAUUCUGGGACGAGCAAACCGGCUGCCCGAGGCGGUGGAGCUGCUGGAAAGAAUGCCGGUGAGAGCGAGCAGGAUCACUUGGUCGACGCUGCUGGGCGCGAGCAAAAAGUGGAAGAACCUGGAAGUCGGGAGGUUUGCAUUUGAUUCGCUCAUGGCGCUGGAUGACAGUGAUCCCGCAGCCUAUGUGCUCAUGUCCAACCUCUAUAACCAAAGCUCGCAAGAGAUUGUGCCUCAUGGAAGUUCUUCUUGAUCAACGGCCUUUCAGCUGA